GUUGUGCUGAUCACCAUGGAAGAGAACAAAUUGUCCAGAUUGGCCAAAGAAAAAAUGAUGUAUGAAAAAGAAGCAAAACAACAAGAAGAAAAGAUUGAAAAAAUGAAAGCUGAAGAUAGUGAAAAUUAUGCCCUUAAAAAGCAGGCAGAGAUCCUGCAAGAGUCCCGGAUGAUGAUCCCAGAUUGUCAGCGCAGGUUGGAAGCUGCAUAUACUGAUCUUCUGCAGAUAUUAGAGAAUGAAAAAGAAUUGGAAGAAGCUGAGGAAUAUAAAGAAGCACGUUUAGUACUGGAUUCAGUGAAGUUAGAGGUACUGAUGAGAAGCAGCACAAAGCUUACCAUUCUGUGAAGGAUUAUUCCUGGGAAUUUCUGACACAUUCUGCUUACAUUUUUAUGGCCAAGAGGCACAUUAAAUUAAGAACA